AUGACUGAUCAGCCCUUACGACAAAUACUCACAAAACCUGAGGUCUCGGGCAGGAUGACCAAAUGGGCCGUCGAACUGGCCGAGCAUGAUAUCGGCUAUCAGCCUCGCACCGCUAUCAAAGUUCAGGCCCUGGCGGACUUCCUUGCUGAAGGGGCCAGUUUGUCCGUGGCCGAGCCAAACCCCUCGCGCGAGGAGGUACGGCCGGGGGAGCCGUGGGUACUGUUUAUGGACGGGGCCUCGAGCAAGGAAGGGAGUGGAGCCGGCCUACUGCUCACCUCACCCACCGGGGAAGAGCUGACCUACGCACUCAGGUUUGACUUCUCGGCAUCCAACAACGAGGCGGAAUACGAGGCCUUACUGACUGGAUUGCGGAUAGCCUACCAGAUGGGUAUAACUGCGAUCAAAGCCCGGAGUGACUCUCAGCUCGUAGUCCACCAAGUCCGCGGAGAGUAUGAGGCCAAGGAGGACAUCAUGAAAAAAUACUUGGCUAAGGUACGAGAAGCAAUAGCCCUGUUUGAUGUUUUUGAAAUCGAGCAGGUGCCGAGGUCACAGAACAAGCGCGCAGACGCUCUGUUAAAACUGGCGUCCUCCUCGUUUGCUCACCUGAACAAUGAAGACUUGGUGGAGGUAGUCAAGCAAAAAAGUAUCGACCAGGUCCAAGUCUUGGCUAUAAACAGCCCGGCCUCUUGGAUGGCUCCCCUCGUGGACUUCCUCUGCUCGGGUGUCCUCCCCGAGGACAAAAUCGAGACCCGACGACUCCAGCUUGUGGCUGCCAAGUAUGCCUACGCCGGGGGGACCCUCUACAGGAGGUCGUACUUGUCUCCCUGGUUAAAGUGCGUAAUUCCCGAGGAAGGUGACUAUGUCCUCGGAGAAGUUCAUGAAGGCUUAUGCGCGGCGCAUGUGAGAUCUCGGGUGUUGGCCAAAAAGUGCCUGCUCGUAGGCUACUAUUGGCCCUCAGUGUUUCGGAAUGCCGCGGCGCUAGUUCAGCAAUGCCGAGCUUGUCAGGUGCACGCCCCGCUGCGUCACCAGCCAACUCAGGAGAUGGUCCCCAUCCACAGUCCUUGGCCCUUUACCCAGUGGGGCAUAGACCUUCUGGGGCCUUUUCCCCGAGUUCUCGGGAGAUACGAACAACUUGUGGUAGCCAUCGACUACUUCAAAAUGGAUGGAAGCGGAGCCUCUAGCCACUAUCUCUGGAAGAGCAGUUCAGAAAUUCUUCUGGAAGAACAUAGUUUGCCGCUUCGGGAUUCCGCAAGUCUUGAUAUCUAA